CCAGCCGCGCCGCACCGCACCGCACCUCAGGGCGCCGGUGACAGACGAGCGGGGCCCGUCACCGGGGCCGCCGCUUCCCGGGGCCGCCAUGCAGGUGUCCAGCCUCAACGAGGUGAAGAUUUACAGCCUCAGCUGCGGCAAGUCCCUCCCUGAGUGGCUUUCUGACAGAAAGAAGAGAGCACUGCAAAAGAAGGAUGUGGAUGUCCGUAGGAGAAUUGAACUUAUUCAGGAUUUUGAAAUGCCCACAGUAUGCACCACUAUUAAGGUGUCAAAAGAUGGCCAGUAUAUUCUAGCAACUGGGACAUAUAAACCCCGUGUUCGUUGUUAUGACACCUAUCAAUUAUCCUUGAAGUUUGAAAGGUGUUUAGAUUCAGAAGUUGUUACCUUUGAAAUUUUAUCUGAUGACUAUUCAAAGAUUGUCUUCUUACAUAAUGACAGAUAUAUUGAAUUUCAUUCACAAUCAGGAUUUUACUACAAAAACAGAAUACCAAAAUUUGGAAGAGAUUUCUCUUACCACUAUCCAUCCUGUGACCUGUACUUUGUUGGUGCAAGCUCUGAAGUUUAUAGAUUAAACUUAGAACAAGGACGGUAUCUGAAUCCUCUACAAACUGAUGCUGCAGAGAACAAUGUUUGUGACAUAAAUUCAGUGCAUGGCUUAUUUGCCACUGGAACAAUAGAGGGUCGAGUGGAAUGCUGGGACCCACGAAUGCGCAACAGAGUUGGUGUGUUAGACUGUGCCCUGAGUAGUGUCACAGCAGAUUCAGAGAUAAGCAGCUUGCCAACCAUCUCUGCCUUGAAAUUUAAUGGCGCCUUGACUAUGGCUGUUGGGACAUCUACGGGGCAGGUUUUACUGUACGAUCUUCGGUCUGAUAAGCCAUUGCUGGUUAAGGAUCACCAGUAUGGGCUGCCCAUUAAGUCAGUUCAUUUCCAGGACUCACUAGAUUUGAUUUUGUCUGCGGAUUCCCGAAUUAUCAAAAUGUGGAAUAAGAACUCAGGGAAAAUAUUUACUUCCUUGGAGCCAGAGCAUGACCUUAAUGAUGUAUGCCUCUAUCCCAACUCAGGAAUGCUUCUUACUGGCAAUGAAACUCCCAAGAUGGGCAUCUAUUACAUUCCGGUUUUGGGUCCUGCUCCAAGGUGGUGUUCCUUCUUGGACAACUUGACAGAGGAGUUAGAAGAGAAUCCAGAAAGCACGGUUUAUGAUGAUUACAAGUUUGUCACCAAGAAAGACCUUGAAAACUUAGGGCUCACGCAUCUCAUCGGAUCACCUUUUCUCCGGGCGUAUAUGCAUGGGUUUUUCAUGGAUAUAAGACUCUACCACAAGGUGAAAUUGAUGGUAAAUCCGUUUGCUUAUGAAGAGUACAGGAAAGAUAAAAUUCGACAGAAGAUAGAAGAAACACGUGCACAGAGAGUCCAGCUAAAGAAAUUGCCAAAAGUGAACAAAGAGCUGGCCCUUAAGUUAAUUGAAGAAGAAGAAGAGAAACAAAAAUCUACAUUGAAAAAGAAAGCGAAGAGCCUUCCUAAUAUUCUCACUGAUGAUAGAUUUAAGGUUAUGUUUGAAAACCCUGACUUCCAAGUUGAUGAAGAAAGUGAAGAAUUUAGGCUUUUGAACCCACUUGUUUCAAAAAUUAGCGAGAAAAGGAAGAAGAAACUAAGACUCCUAGAGCAACAAGAACUUCGUGAAAAAGAAGAAGAGGAAGAACUGGAAGGAAAACCGAGUGAUACAGAAAGCUCGGAAAGUUCCGAUGAUGAAAAGGGCUGGGUUGAAGAGGUCAGGAAGCAGCGCAGACUUCUGCAGCAGGAAGAAAGAGUGAAGCGGCGGGAGCAGCUGAAGGAGGACCGGCAGACAGUGCUGAGGCCUCAGUUCUAUGAGAUCAAAGCAGGAGAAGAGUUCAGAAGCUUCAAAGAUUCUGCCAUGAAGCAGAAAUUGAUGAACAAAACCCUGGAAGAUCGUUUGAAACUUGAAGCAACAAAUGGAACAUUGAGCGUAUCCGACACCACUGUUGGCAGCAAGCAAUUGACAUUCACAUUAAAGAGGUCGGAACAGCAAAAGAAGCAGCAGGAAGCUGAGAAACUGCACCGGCAAGAGAGGAAGAAGCUUCGCCGGUCAGCUGGUCACCUGAGGUCCAAACCCAGAAGAGGCCGGCCCUUUCACUGACUGUGGAAGUGACCCUGCGUGGGGCUAGGAGGCACCACUGCGCCCGGCUAAGGGUCAGAAGUAAACCCAGACAGGGCCUCUCAGUUACAAACACUGUCCUUCCUCCCUGGUUUAACGGAGUAAACCAGAUCCUCCUGGAGCAUUGCAGAAGGCGACAGCGCAAGGAAGGGCGUGCCCUGUGCCGCAAUGGAAGUCUUUACGUCCUAGGAGCUUCUCGUCCGUCCCGUUCCUCCACUGCCGCUCACCGCGGCCUCUGCCGUCCCAUCCCUGUUGGCCCUGGCCUUGCGGACUGACCCUGCUCACACUUUUAAGUUUGUGUGGAAAGGUUGAUUUGUUUGCCUCUGUGUUUGGGAUAUUUUCAAAACUAUUUUUAUACUAACAGGACAAAUAAUGGUAACAGUGGUACAAAGUGGGAGCUACUGGUUGUUUUAACUUGACACAAGAUUAUUUUUCUGCUUAAGUACAAUUGGGGAUCAACUUGAUAGGAGGAGCAUAUAACAAUAAAUGCUUUCAUU